GGUUAAUAAGAGGAACAGGAAAUGAAAGAACCAGCCCAGGAGCUGUCCUGCAGAAUGGACCAAUCAGGAUAGGAUGUAUCUGGGGGAUUGCGACCUUCAUUUGCAUAUUUAAAGGGGACUUGAUCUGUAGCUGUGGGCCCAGUGUUAGAUUCUCUUCCGUUGUGUUUGCUGAUGUCCUUGGAAGACCCUACAAUAACAAACCAGUGCAACUAACAGGUUGCAGGGGGUAAGUCUUUACUGCGUGGGAGUGUGUGCAUCCAAAGAGGCUGGCCUGUGAGUGCUUGUCUCUUGUUCUCAGUGCACCUGGGCUAUGCCAGGGUGCCUGUAGCCCAGAGUGGCUGUGUGUGUAAGUGUAACCCUGUGUGCAUUGUGAGACAGAGAGGGGGACUCCAGGUAUGUGUGUAGCCCAGUGUGCGUUGAAUUGUAUCUCUAUCUGUGUGCGUGUGCAUGUGCCAGGUCUGCUGUGUGUAUAAUUGUAUUCCAGGGAGUGUGUGUGUCUGUGAGAGGACUUGUGUGUGUAUCUGGAACCCUGCGUGUAAUUAUAUCGCUGUGUGUACAUGUGUGGCACUCCGUAUCUCUAUGCACGUGUCUCUCUGUGCGGGUGUUACCCUUCCCUAGUGUGUGUAUCUGUUUGUGUUACCCUUCCCUAGUCUGUGUGUAUUUGUGUGUUACCCUUCCCUAGUGUGUAUUUGUGUGUAUCUGUUUCUUUUAAUCUUCCCUAGUGUGUAUGUAUCUGUUUGUUACCCUUCCCUAGUGUGUGUGUAUGUUUGUUACCCUUCCCUAGUGUGUGUUUAUUUGUGUGUAUCUGUUUGUGUUACCCUUCCCGUGUGUGUGGUGUCUGUGUGGGUGUUACCCUUCUCUAGUAUGUCAGAGGCAUCUCCAUGUCCCCGGACCAAGCUCCCCACCCCGCGGCCAAUGUGCAGCUGUCCCUUUAAGGGCUCCAGGCUCCCUGUCGCCGCCCCCUCCCGACCUCCCCAGCCUCAGGCAUUUAAAGGGCCCGUCCCUGCAGCUGGCACCCACCGCCCCGGCAAUGUGGCUGUCCCGGUUCUGCUCUGCAGGGGCCGCUGCCCGGCGGGCGCUGGCCCCGGCCCUGUCCCUGAGACCCUACUGCACCCGCCGCGCCCAGCGCCAGGGGCUGCUCUUCCGGCAGCUCUUUGAGCCCGUGAGCUGCACCUACACCUACCUGCUCGCGGACCUGAAGACCAAGGAGGCGGUUCUGGUCGACCCAGUUCUGGAGACGGCCAAGCGGGACGUGGAGCUGGUGAAGGAGCUGGGCCUCAACUUACUGUAUGCAGCCAACACCCACUGCCACGCCGACCACGUCACGGGCACCGGGCUGCUGAAGAAGAUGCUGCCAGGCUGCCGCAGCGUGAUCUCCCAGGACAGCGGGGCCUUGGCCGACAUCCUCAUCCGCAAGGGCCACGCCCUGGAAUUUGGGGCCUUUGCCCUGGAAGCCCGCUACCCCGGACACACGGACGGCUGCCUGACCUACGUGCUCAGUGACAGGACCAUGGCCUUCACCGGGGACGCCCUGCUGAUCCGGGGCUGCGGCCGCACCGACUUCCAGCAGGGCUCCCCGGAGACCCUGUACCGCUCCGUGCACGAGAAAAUCUUCACUCCCGGAGACUGUCUGAUCUACCCCGCCCACGACUACACGGGCCAGACGGUGUCCACUGUGGAGGAAGAGAGGACCCUGAACCCCCGACUGACCCAGAGCCGCGAGGCCUUUGUCCAGCUGAUGAACAACUUGAAUCUGCCUCAGCCCAAGAAAACUGAUAUCGCUGUCCCGGCAAACCUGAAGUGCGGGAUCCAGGAUGUGGAGACUUAGCCCCACCCUCUUUACUCCAAGGCCACACCCCUCACAACAAGCCCCUCCCACCUCCACAUAGGCCAUGGCCUUUCAUUGCCCCUUACUAGGAUGGAAGGUCCUUUGGCCUCGGGGGGGGCUGUCCCUGACUCUCACUCCGGUCCCCACCUGUAAGUGAAAGCUGGGAGCUGCCUCCUUUGGGUCCUCAGUGGGACUGUGCAUCCAUUAAUGGGGGCAGGUUCCCUUCCCCCU